AUAUUAAGCCGGCAGAAAAGAUUAAUUCUCCGAAGAGCUAAGUUCAGAAGUGAUUUCUAGCUGGAUCGUUAAAGUUGAUAAUCCAGACGGUAUAUUCCAGUGUGUUCCACAGAAUGCAAGUGUUUUUAGCAUUGGCCCUGCUAGCGGGCUUGGCUUUGUCGGCGGAUGCCACGAAGCCGCCGCGCUGGGACCCCAACUACAUAGUGAAGGGCACCCUGUACAUACCCUACGCAGAGAUCUCAGAGCCUUUCUAUGCUUGGUAUGACAAGAAUACCAAGCGCUCCCGCAUCGAUUACUACGGCGGAAUGGUAAAGACUUAUCAGCUGGCCGGCGAGGGUCAGUACGGUACGAUGCUGAAGCUGGCCCCGAUCACCACGCUGACGGAGCAAAAUAAGCUUACCUGCCUGCAGGUUAAUGGCACUGCCGACCAGGUCGUGGAGAUCCAGAGCAUAUUGCCCGAUGCUAAACCCUUCCAACUGGUGGGCACCGAAACCUUCCUGGGCUUCACCUGCGAUAAGUUCCGCCUGGAGUCGGUAAUUGGACAAAAGAAGAAUGUGUACACGCUGUGGGUGAGAUAUAAGAAGUCACCGCAUUAUCCCGCCAGCCGGAUGCCCAUUCCCGUGCGCUACGAGAUGAGGGGUUACAACACUUUGCUAGGCUCCCACUACGAUCAUUACUAUUUGGACUAUGAUAGCUACGAGCACGACGAUAUUCCCAAUGAGGUGUUCGAAAUCGACGAUAGCCUCCAGUGCGUGGGAUUCCCUGGACCCGGAACCGGUCAUUAUGCCACCUUUAACCCAAUGCAGGAGUUCGUUACCGGAACGGAAGAGCAUGUGGACAAGGCCUUCCAUCACUUCAAGCAUAAGCAUGGUGUCUCCUAUCGCAGCGAUGUAGAACACGAGCACCGCAAGAACAUCUUCCGUCAGAAUCUGCGCUACAUCCACUCCAAGAACCGAGCCAAGCUCUCCUACACGCUGGCCGUGAAUCACCUGGCCGACAAGACCGAGGAGGAGUUGAAGGCACGACGCGGAUAUAAGUCAUCGGGCGUCUACAACACCGGCAAGCCAUUCCCGUACGACGUGUCGAAGUACCAGGAUGAAAUUCCAGACCAGUAUGAUUGGCGACUAUACGGCGCUGUUACCCCAGUAAAAGAUCAAUCCGUGUGCGGUUCCUGCUGGUCCUUCGGCACCAUUGGCCAUUUGGAGGGCGCCUUCUUCCUGAAGAACGGCGGUAAUCUGGUGCGUCUGUCGCAGCAGGCCCUGAUUGAUUGCUCCUGGGCGUACGGCAAUAAUGGCUGUGAUGGUGGUGAGGACUUCCGCGUCUACCAGUGGAUGCUGAAGAGCGGCGGAGUGCCCACCGAAGAGGAAUAUGGUCCGUAUUUGGGCCAAGACGGGUACUGUCAUGUCGACAAUGUAACACUAGUGGCACCUAUCAAGGGAUUCGUGAAUGUGACUUCCAACGAUCCGAAUGCCUUCAAGCUGGCCCUGCUGAAGCAUGGACCCCUCUCGGUGGCCAUUGAUGCCUCGCCCAAGACAUUCAGCUUCUAUUCUCAUGGCGUUUAUUAUGAGUCGGAGUGCAAGAACGAUGUGGACGGACUGGACCAUGCCGUUCUGGCCGUGGGCUAUGGCAGCAUCAAUGGAGAGGACUAUUGGCUGGUGAAGAAUUCGUGGUCCACCUACUGGGGCAACGACGGCUACAUCCUGAUGUCCGCCCGGAAGAACAAUUGCGGUGUGAUGACCAUGCCCACCUACGUGGAAAUGUAGGAUGACGGUCCAUCCUAUUAUUAUUCUCUGUAAACUUUUUACUAUCCCGCCCCGAGGGCGCUAAAUAUGCAAUAAAUUUUAAUUCUUUUGUAA